CUGAAAAUUUUCAUUUGUUAUCGUCGGUUCGUAGAGUAAACAUCAAGUGAUCAAAAUUUCACGUUUAAUUGUAAAAACAGUUAACAAAAUGUCCAGUAUUCCACUAAAACAUUUCAAGAAGGGUACACCCAAGCCAGAGCUACCCGAGGAUGGCAUUUUGCGCUUUUACUCGAUGCGCUUUUGUCCUUACUCGCAACGCGUCCGCUUGGUGCUGGAGGCCAAGAAGAUUCCCCAUCACAAGAUCUACAUUGACUUGAGCGAGAAACCGGAGUGGUAUACAGAUUUCAGUCCCUUGGGCAAAGUGCCGGCCAUUCAAUUGCCGGGCUUAAAGGGUCAACCUGCUCUGGUUGAAUCGCUGGUUAUUGCCGAAUACCUGGACGAUCAAUAUCCAGGCGAAGGUCCACUUUUCCCCAAGGAUCCAUUACAAAAGGCUCAAGACAGGAUAUUGAUUGAACGCCUGGCGCCAGCUGUGUCUGCUGUCUAUCCAGUUUUAUUCACAAAGAACCCAUCGCCGGAUGCUUUGACCAAUUUCGAGAACGCUUUGGAGGUCUUCGAGGUGGAGAUCACGAAACGUGGAACGCCAUAUUUUGCAGGCCAAAAGAUUGGCAUUGUCGACUACAUGAUCUGGCCAUGGUUCGAGCGUUUCCCGGCCCUAAAGUAUACCCUGCCCGAAAAAUACGAGCUAGACAGCAAGCGAUUCAAGAAUCUAUUAAAGUGGCGGGAUUUGGUGGCCCAGGACGAAUCUGUAAAGAAAACGGAGCUGGAUGCCCAGAUUCAUGCCAAAUUUAUGCGGACACGUCACGCCAACGAACCCAACUAUGAUGUAGCGUUCGAGCCAUUGUAGAUCUUCAUUGAUUACCCUAAAAUUUCAUUAUAUAUCAUUGGCGUGUUGAAAUAUAUAGAUACUUAAAAUCUGCAUAGAAUUGAAA